AUGAAGCUUGUAGCAUCCUCUAUUUCUCAAGCCAACCCUAAUUGUUCAUCUUUUGAAUCCAACCUAAGCUCACAAUUCAACAAGUCUUUACCAUCAUGGAACCAACUCAAACCUUUCUCAACCAAAUGCAACUUUCCCAAACUUACACACAAAUGGAAGCAAUACCAAGGAAUUAACCAUUGGGAAGGUUUGUUGGAUCCUCUUGAUGAUAACCUACGUUGGGAAAUCUUAAGAUAUGGUCAUUUUGUAGAUGCUAGCUAUAACUCUUUUGAUUUUGACCCAACUUCUCUUACUUAUGCCACAUCUCUUUAUUCAAAAAGAUCACUUUUGAAAAAGUGUGGGUUGGAAAAUUAUGGGUAUAAGAUAUCCAAAUAUUUAUAUGUCACAUGUGGAAUUCAUGUGCCAGCUUGCAUAAAUAAAUUUUUCAAAAAGUUGUGUACUCGAUCUAGUUUGAUUGGCUACAUAGCAGUAUGUGUAAAUGAUAAAGAAAUUGUUCGACUCGGUCGACGAGACAUUAUUAUUGCUUUUAGAGGAACGGUUACAUGUUUGGAGUGGUUGGAAAACUUACGAGUCUCCUUAACACACUUGCCAGGUCUUGUCACAGGAGAAGAUGGUGUUGGUCCCAUGGUGCAAAAAGGGUUUUUGAGUCUUUACACGUCCAAAACCUCUAAACGUGCAAGCUUGCAAGAGAUGAUAAGAAAAAAGAUUGGAAGAGUGAUUCAGAGAUACACCAACGAGCCUCUUAGUUUAACCCUAACGGGUCAUAGUCUUGGAGCCGCACUCGCGAUUUUGAGUGCGAAUGAUAUAACCACCACUUUCAAGAAUGCGCCGAUGGUUACGGUUAUAUCAUUUGGAGGACCUCGUGUGGGAAAUGAGAGUUUUAGGAAGCAGUUAGAGCAAAAAGGAAUUAAGAUACUACGAAUAGUGAACUCUGAUGAUGUUGUUACAAAAGUUCCGGGGUUUAUUGUGAAUUUAGAUGAAUUGGAAAGUAAUAAAGAUGUUAGUGUGGGAAUUUGGUCAAGAUGGUUGUACAAGUACACAGAAAACAUGCAAUUGGUGUAUGUUGACAUUGGACAAGAGUUAAGACUAAGUAGUAGGGAUUUUCCAUGCCUCAAUAAGAGAGAUGUUGCCAUGUGUCAUGACCUCAAAACAUAUCUUCAUUUGGUCAAAAAUUUUGUAAGCUCCUCUUGUGCUUGCAAACACAAAAAGAUUCAUUCUGUUCAGCCAUGA